AUGAAGUUCCCAAAGCUAUACUCGCGACUCAACCAGAGCGAUUCCGACAGUUUCCCACCGCAAUUGCCCGCUGAAGAUGGCGAGCCGCCCAAGAGGCGAUAUGGGAGCUGGGCUGUGACGGGCGCGUACAUUUUGUUGGCCAUUGUCGCCGCGGCGAGCUGUGCAGCUUUCGGAUACGUCGUGGCUCGGCAGAAUAUCCUUCUUCGCGCGAUGAUGGCCUCAACUCCAGCCUCAUCUCCAGCUCCAGCUCCAGCUCCGGCUCCGGCUCCGCCUAUGGCUCCAGCUCAUAAUCAUGAUCACGGUCACGAUCAAGCUCCAGCAUCAGUUCCAAGUUCCGUUCCAACCAUGACACCAAAGCCGCCGUCAGGGUCUGAGCUGCACUGCGGCAACUCGUCAACAGAGGCCCGAGUCAUGGGCUGCGUCUUCGACCUCCUCACCAACAACUGGAUGCCCAAAUACUGCGCAGACCCCAUCACCGACGCCGAGUACCGCGAAUGGGUCCUCGACCCUUCCCGCCAGCUCGGCGCCUGGGCCUUUUACCACGACGAACAGGGCCAGAAGCAGGUGGCCUCGGAAGAAGCCCUGUCGGACCUCGUGGGAGCCCACAUCUACACCACGACGGAGAACCAUCUGGCACACUGCGCGUUUCUGGCGCGGCGGAUGCAUCGACUGGUGACGGGCGACAUUGCGGCCGUGGCGCACAACACGCUGGCGCAUACGCUGCAUUGCACGAAGGCGAUUCUCAAGGCGGUGGAGAGCAAUGAGCCUUCGCUGGGGGCGCAGAUUGGGUCGACGUUUGACGUGGGGAUUGUGUCGUGUUUGGUGGAGGAUAAGUAG